CUUCUAUAGAAGCUUUUUUAUUUCAACGCUAUUCCCUGUAUCGAGUUCGCUCGCAAAACCUCAGCAAAAAUGGCGCUUAAAACCCUAUCCACUACUUUCCUCUCACCUCUUUCUCUUUCCAAAUCCAAAUUUCCGCAACAUUUACUCACCACCAAGCCUGGCCUCAUUCUCUGCGAAUUCUCGCGCUCUCAGAAAUCGCGUUUGCCCGCCGACGAGUCGGAAGGCAUCGGCGCCGCCGCUCCGUCGCCCGGCGAGAAGUUUCUCGAACGCCAACAGUCGUACGAAGCUGCCAAGCUCAUCCUUAAAGAAAACAAGAAGAGGAAAAAGAAGAAAGAUAACGCUGUAAAAGCUUCUCGAAACGUCGCUUCCUGCUACGGCUGCGGCGCUCCGUUGCACACUUCCGAUGCCGUCGCCCCUGGCUACGUUGAUCCUGAAACCUAUGAAUUGAAGAAGAAACACCACCAGCUUAGAACCGUUCUGUGUAGACGGUGCCAGCUUUUGUCGCACGGCGAGAUGAUAACUGCCGUCGGAGGACACGGAGGAUACCCUGGCGGUAAAUUAUUCGUUACCGCUGAAGAGCUUCGAGAGAAGUUGUCUCACUUGCGUCACGAGAAAGCUCUUAUUGUCAAACUGGUUGAUAUUGUUGACUUCAAUGGCAGUUUUUUGUCUCGUGUUCGAGAUCUUGCCGGUUCUAACCCAAUUAUACUGGUGGUAACUAAGGUUGAUCUCCUUCCAAGAGAUACUGAUCUUAAUUGUGUAGGGGAUUGGGUUGUAGAGGCUACCAUGAGAAAGAAGCUGAAUGUUCUCAGUGUUCAUCUCACCAGUUCCAAAUCAUUGGUUGGAGUAACCGGAGUGAUAUCAGAAAUCCAGAAAGAGAAGAAGGGAAGGGAUGUUUACAUUCUGGGUUCAGCUAAUGUUGGAAAAUCCGCCUUCAUCAAUGCUUUACUAAAAACAAUGGCUAUAAAUGAUCCGGUGGCCGCAUCUGCACAAAGAUACAAACCAAUACAAUCUGCAGUUCCGGGAACUACCUUAGGGCCAAUUCAAAUUAAUGCUUUUCUAGGAGGAGGGAAAUUGUAUGACACUCCUGGAGUUCAUCUCCACCAUAGGCAAACUGCAGUUGUUCAAUCUGAAGAUCUACCUUCCCUUGCUCCUCGGAGCCGACUGAGGGGAAUUUCUUUCCCAAGGACUCCUGUGUCUGCGGACAAUGUAGAGCAAGUAGCUUCCAUAGAGAAUGGCUUGAAUGCAUUUUCAGUUUUCUGGGGAGGUCUUGUUAGAAUUGAUUUGAUGAAGGUUCUCCCAGAAACUUGUUUGACAUUUUAUGGGCCCAAGGGACUACAAAUUCAUAUGGUACCCACAGAGCAAGCAGAUGAGUUUUAUCAGAAAGAACUUGGUGUUCUCUUGACUCCGCCAAGUGGAGGAGAAAAUGUUGAGAGCUGGAAAGGACUUGAAUCAGAACGUAAAUUGCAAAUAAAAUUCGAAGAUGUGGAAAGACCAGCUUGUGAUAUAGCUAUAUCAGGUCUAGGGUGGUUUACUGUGGAGCCAUUUGGUAGGUCACACAAAAUCUCUCAAUCAAAACCUGUUGAGACUACUGGGGAAUUGAUUUUGGUCGUGCGAGUCCCCAAACCUGUUGAGAUUUUUGUGAGGCCACCGAUACCGGUAGGCAAGGCUGGAGCAGAGUGGUACCAGUAUGUAGAAUUAACAGAGAAAGAAGAGGAAAUGAGACCGAAAUGGUACUUUUGAACUGAGUUGUUCUGUGUAUUAUUAUUCUUUUUGAGGGAGCUGGGUAAAUCCUCUUCGGAUUUGAUUCUUUCACCAUUACCCAAAUCUUCCGGCAACCCAUUUUCCAUGUGUCAUUAACGUGAUUAGUUUCUGAGUUGUACAACGAGGCCACCAUCUCAGGGAAUUUUAGCAUAGCAGAGUUACGAUAUAGCAAUGGAUGGGUUUCAAUCGAAUUAA